UGGGCAAGUAUAGAACGAUGACUUUUUGGAAUAUCCAUGAUUACAUAUUUUUCUGUUUGAAAAUCACUCAUAUUUUUUACGGUUCGGUAGGUUCUAAGUUUUGAAACGUUUUGGACCUCUUCAUUCCAGCCAUUCAUAAAAUCCCUACGAAGUUUUUCUUCCACUGUGUUUAAGUUACAGACCAUACGAUUUAGGAAAUAUACUGUCAUAUCAAGAGAUUCAAAAAGGAAUUUGACUGUAUUUGACCAAUUUAUGUUGUGUGAUUGUUCUAUAUCCCACAUGAAUUUUUUUUCGUAAGCCUGUCGUCCGGCAUUGUAACGAGUCGAUUCCAUAGGCGUAAAAUAUUCAUUUGAUGUCGAUAAAAUGAAGGACGCCAACCACAUUCUCCUUGAAUAGCUAAAAUUGGAGUAAAACGAUGUACACCAAGAAAGUACCGCAAUGCACGAUGCUGUACAGAUUCAAUAUUAUGAUAUUUGCCAUACCCCCAUACACCACUACAGUAAUCCAAAAUAGGUGCGACUCCGAUAAGGUACAUUUUCUCGUAUGUUCUGAAUCCUACUGAUUUAUCCGUAUGUAAUUUGGAUAUAACAGCUCCUAGGGCUUGUCCCCCCGAUUUCGCAAGAUGUUUGCUGUUCUUGAACGUGGAAAAUUCAUCAAACAAUACACCGAGAUACUUAUAAGAUGACACAUAAUCUAGAAGAUCUUCUCCUAUGUUGAAUAUAUGCUCACUUCGUUUUCGCUGUUUUUUCCGAAAAUGUACUACUUUACAUUUAGUAGAGUUGAUAUACAGCUUCCAUUUCUUACACCAGCUAGAAACAACAUCGAGCACUGCAUCCGUGUCGGCCUCAUUCUGUGCAAUUAAUGCCAUGUCGUCUGCGUAAGGGAGGACAUUCAGUUUGAAGUCGCCGAUUUGGAUUCCAUUGUUUAGGUCUUUUAAUUGUACAGCAAGAUCGUUGAUAAACAAGGCGAACAAUGUUGGAGAAAGAUGAUCUCCCUGUCUAACUCCCGAUGUACAGCCAAACCAGUCAGUAUAAUAGUUACCUAAGCGAACACAGGACUCGGUAUUUCGAUGCAAAGGUUUCACUGCUUGGUAGAAAUGUCCAUCCACUCCAUUCUUAAGUAAACUGUAUUCCAUCAAAUCUCUAUCCACCAUAUGAAAUGCCUUUUUUAAAUCAAUGAAAGUAAUAGACGUAGAGUAAUAUAAUUCCAGUAUACCAGUACAUUACCGCCACAGUAAUUUGUCCCUUCGUUCGUCCUUUUUCUUCGGGGUGUUUAGACUAGCGUGGACGUGGUUUAACCAUUUCAUAUCCUUGAUGUGAUCUUUAUCACUUGCAGCAAUGAUAAUUUCCUUACCUAACGGUUUCCAAGGUUUUAAGUUAAAUUUCAUAGAUAGUGGAUGCAGAAUUCUGAUUUUUUUUUUCUUUGUAAGAUUUAAGCCUCCCAUCCAAAUUUGGUCAAACUGGAAUAACACCUAUACAAACCACUUAGUUCCUUUCCAAGAUUACAAAUCUAGGUCACCAUGAUGCGUAUUUUUAAAAGAUUCUGAAUUUUCUUGUGUAAAAGGUGUAGUUAAGAUGUAUUUCUUGACGAUUUUUAUCAAAAUUUCUUGAAGACAACCAUGCAUAAAUAUUUAGGUCCGUGUUGGUUUGUCAAGAAUGAACGUAAAAAGUUGGAAAAUCUGGGAGGGUAAUUUCUUCUUUUCAAUACUUUAGUAAGGAUGCUGCUUGAAUCUUCACCAAGACUAGAUACAAAAGGUCAAGGUCAAUGGAACGGAAAUUACAAAAUUUCUCCAGUACCACAUGCAGGCACCAUCUUUAAUAUUCGGAUUUCCAUAUUCCGAGGGAUGGUACAUGAUGCAGAAUGAGAUUGAGACUGAAGUAUCUUGGCACGGCCAUUGUGAUCGUAAACCUAAUAUUCCUCUAUUGUUUCUAUACCGACUUCCAUGGUGGUUUAACUGAAUUAACGUACGGCAAGCAGAUUCUCAAUUCUCCAAAGACAGCGCUUUUCAAAUUGUCCAUAAAUCUUAGAUUCCCGCCAACGGAAACGUUAGGUAAUGUCACGUUUGCAAAUAUAAACAUUGAUCAGGAUGAUACUUUUUUAACAUGGUUGAAAGAUGAAACAUCUCUCUGCGAAGACGGGUUCCUGGGAUACGCACAUUUAUUCGCCAAAUUAAACAACGUUUUUCUGGAUCCCUCUUUCAGUGCUGGGCCUGAAGGCGGAGAAGACAUCCAAAGCGUAAUCAACCGCCCUGAAGAGGAGGAAUUUCUCUUUGUAAAACCCGGCUAUUUCCAAAUCCAUUGUCAAAACAAGGAAAUCUCUCAAUAUACAUUUGAAAGUGAUGAUCAUCUGAUGAAAUGGAUGUCUGCACUAAGGCCAGUGUUAGAAUUUACGUCGUACGAGGAUAUUCCGGAGGUGACGAUUGCAGUGACUCGAUAUGAAUAUGCCAAUAUCUACCAUACUAUGACAGACUGGUAUAAUGCUUAUUUAAUGCUUUUAUUCUUUAAUAUCAAAAGUUUACGAGCCAACAUCUUAUUCGUCGAUAGCCAUCCACGUGGUGAAUUGGACUCCACCUGGACUACUUUGUUUGGCGAAUUCAUACGCGCCAGGCAGGUAAAGAAACCGAAACGUUUUGAAUCGCUUAUAUGGAAUAUCCAAGGUUACAGAAGUCCAAUGUAUGAUCACGAGCUGCCAUCUAUACCGUAUAUCGAAUAUUUUAGGCUAUUCUUUCUAGGAAAACACAAUGUACUAUCGACAAAGACCCUACAUUGUAAAAAUUUAUCCAUCCUGUUCAUAUGGAGAAGAAAUUAUGUGGCUCAUCCGCGGAAUCCGAAAGGCGUAGUAAGUCGAAAGGUAAAAAAUGAGAAGGAACUGGAGAGUUUAGUACAUGAAUUAUACCCAAAUCAUUCCAUUGCCAGUAUACAGACAGACAAACUGACCAUGCGCGAUCAGCUUUCUGCGAUAGUAAACACAGACAUUCUCAUCGGAAUGCAUGGGGCUGGCUUGACGUUGGCUUUAUUUCUGCCAAAACACGCAGGCCUUGUUGAAAUUUAUCCGAAAUACUGGUCAUCUGAUAAUGCACAUUUCAGAGCCAUAACACGGUGGCGAAAUUUACAAUAUCGGCAAUGGCAAAAUACGAAGAAUGAGAACGAAUUCCCAAACCAUUAUACAUAUAUUCCCCCAUCUGUGAUCCAAAAUCUGCUGUCCGAAACCAUUAACGAGAUGUGCAGGCCUUAAGGAGGUAUGAUACACUAGAGAAAUUUGAUAUGGAUGAAAAUUGGAGGAUAUGUACAAUAUUUUGAAAUUAAAAACUUUCAAAUUUAUUUCAUAUAGUCAAAAAUGCAGCUUUAGUAGGAAGCAAUCUGUAUAAAAAAAAAAAAAAAAAAUUCCUGCUGGACUCGAACCCGCGAUCUACAGUUCAGUUGUCGACUUGUUAACCCACUAAGCUACUCAGCUAGGCAAUAUUUUAAUGUUUAUAUUUUCAUUCAUGUUUUAAAAGAAAGUCAGCCAUUAUGACGAUGUAGAGUACCUCCUUAAAUGAACGUAAAGUAAUUUACGUAGUUACAUGCCAUUUUAGCAUGUACACUGGCUCAUUUUAUAUAACAGUUUAAUGGAUAGACUAUGAUACAUUAACUCAAAUGACAUUCAUCAACUUCAUAUUCAGAUUUCCCGUAGUAUUUUGGGAAUUUUUCAGUAUUUCUUCGUUCCAUGGACACUUUGAUUUGAAGUCUUUGAUUUAUAAUUCUGAAAAUUCAUAUCCUGGGUAUAUUCUAUAGAUACUUUAGAAAUUUUUGAAAAUACAUACGGAUAUUAAUUGUGUCGCUUUACGCUGGCAUACUUCAUGAAAUGCGUUAACGCAUUUCUGGUGGUUUUCCCUGCCGUUACAUAGGCAUACUGUACUUAUCAAGUAGUCAUUUAUUUACACGUGUAUUGUUGACAACUUCAGCGCGUUCAUGAGGAUAUGUCUUUCAUUACAAUUUGUAAAAUAUAUAAAAGGCAAAAACAUUACAAAUAUGAAUGUCAUAACAUACCACAACUCUAGAUAGUAUUUGUUCAAGUCCUGUCAUGUACGUUGAUUAUAGAAUUCAUUCUGGUUAUGAGACUUACAGUAGUAUAUAUAGCAUGCGUACAGGAAAUUCUUGUAAGUGAAAACUUCAAUUCGACUUCAAUUCUGUGGGAGGCUACAUGGUAUCCAUACGAGGGACAGAGAGACGAGUUCCUUCAACUAUUUGGAAGUGGAAUUCAAAGUCUCCAUGAUAACCAUAUUGUCGCGAUACGUGUAGUUCAAUGGUAGGGCGUUUGCUUCGUAUCCGGUAGUUUGUGAGUUCGAGCCCCACUUGUGCCAUAGCUGCGUCAAACCCAAGACAUUAAAAUAGGUAGUGAUUGAUUCUUUGCCAAACGCUUGGAUUUUAUAAGGGAGAAUCACGGGUCUUUCGGAUAUGACCUUAAUAACGGAGGUCUCAUAUCGAUACAGGCGUUGGCACGAAAAAGAACUUCCACUGCUACGACCCCGGGGGCCGUUUCACUAACCGGUCGUAGAUCCUAAACGUAGAUGUAAUUGUGAGUGUAACACGACUAAAGGUCACGACUUGCGAUUUACAUAUUUUUGAUUUUCAUAAUUUAAUAAUGGGGAGGGGUUAAAUCCCAAUUUGGAAGUGUAACGCGUCUGUAGAGUUUUAUGAGGGUAGUUAGAAACUGAAUGUACAAACUAUAUACACAAGCAAGGGGUGGGUAAUUAUUGGACCUUUGGGGCCCCGAUCCCUUGUUAUUAAGUGCAAUAUCAAUAAUGAUUUUCAAUACACAUCAUCACAUAAAGUCGGAAGUAUAUUCUUACAUGUCUAAACGAGGAAAAAAGAUAAUCAUACAAUAAAAACGCAUGGGGAAAAUAAAUUACAAGUUUUGAAAGGGAAAAAUUGAGUCUGAUAUUUGUUUGAAAUUUAUACAUCAUUUUUCUAAAUUAUUUUCGUAAUCUUCUUUUAUCCCUUGAAUAUGAUUUACUUAUGAAUGGACAUAAAGAUGUAAUCUUUGGUAAUUUAUUUGGACCAUUAUCGUGUCAUUACAAAUAUUUACAAUAUUUGUAAAGAAUAUUAUAUUUUACAGUUUAAUGAGUGUUUUUUAUUGUUUUUGUUGUUUUGUUUUUUUUGCCAUUGAUGCAGUAAUUUAUUAACGUCUCUAGUCUAAUAAUGUUUACAGUGUGUAAGAUAAUGCGUAAUAACACACACCACUAUCUUCUUCGUACAAUUUGAUAGUUAGAAUUCUAACGAAAAGCCCUUAUAUUGUAUCUAUGCAAAGCUGAAUUCGAAUAAAGUGUGCCAUAUUCCGUCUCAGGGUUAGGGUUAGUAUAAUGAUACUUCAAGUAUAGGUCUCUGUGGGUCUGGAAUUAAAUAUCUCAAUAGAAUUUUAAUCCAACAAUUGUUUGUACUUGUGUUUGUUUUUUGCUAUAUGUAAGAAUAUAUUCAUUGUAUAUAUACAUAUGUUAGGGUAACUGGUAAGCUUCAAAUUACGGAUUCAUAAUUUAGUACAAAUGUAAUCAGUAAACUUGUUCACUUUUUGUACUUUUUAAAAAGUACUAAAAUAUUAUUCCAUCUAAAGAGUAGUGAGGAUUGAUUGAUUGAUUGUAUCUUGUUUAACGUCUCGCUCGAGAAUUUUUCACUCAUAUGGAGACGUCAAUUUUAUUCGGGUGUGACCCAUCAACAUUAAUACGAAAUUACACUUAUGUUCAUGCUAAUCAGCCACUUUGCCGGUGUGCAUUUAUACGUUUAAUUGUCGAUCAUUAUAAAAGCGUAUUGUACAUGUACAUGUAAUAACGUGCCCAUUGAUGUCGAGGAAGACUUCGUGUUAUCUCUGAAAUAUACCAUGUCAUGAUUAUCAUUUUUUUUUUAUCAAUUGUAUUAUUUAUGUAUUAUUUAUUGUAGAAUUGCACUAUGGUUUGAUCUUGCUGGUUUUUAAUAUAAUAAACUAAGGAAAUGAAA